AUGGGCGGCGACGCUAUGGCAGGCGAGGGCGUCAUGGGCUUUAUUCUCGGCGGUACUGGACCUUUGACGGGCAAAGGCAAAAGGCACGUCACGGGUGUGACUCAGCUACCAGGUGGUUCCCCAGCGGAGACAGGCAGCGCCAACCGCAAGCUAGGUGGUGCCCCAAGUGUGCCAGGUGGCACUUAUGGUGUUGAGUCCCUUGCUCCAAGCGGUGACAGUGACUUGGAUGCCUUGGAUGAUGUUGGUAAAGGUCCAGGCAAUUUGGGCAAUUCCAGGGAGCUUGCGGGCAAGUCUAGUGGCACUUCUCCUCUUCCUUCUAAGAAGGCAAAGUCUGGUGCCCCUGGUACUUCUCAACUGAGGCUCCCUGGUCAGGCUGUUCCCCGAGAGGCGGGGCUCAGUGAUGCUACCCGUUCUACUCUAAUUGAACUCUCCUCGCCUCUCAAGGAUGGUCCUAGCACUACUGUGGAGGCCUAG